AUGUAUGUACUAUAUGACAGUGGCUGCGUCACUUGGUUUGAGUUGAUUUGGUUGAUUCGCUCAUCGGGAGUGUUGUGUCAUAUUGCUCGCGUCGAGUAGUGCGUGUGCGUUCGCUUCUCUUCUUCCUUCAUGUUUCGGCCAUAUCACCGCUUGCUCUGGUUUGCUCGGCAAAGACCGGUUUGCGAGUGAAACUCGUAAGUGACGAGUAAGCAAAGAGAGCAGAAAACUCGGCCUCGGAAAACGGCGGCUACGACGCCGAAUUCUCUCAUCGCGCUCGGUGGUACUCCCUCACGCUCAAUAAUGAGGGACAUGGCAGGUAAGAUCGCCGAGUUGAAGUUCGAGGCACCCCUCGCACGCUUCGAGGAAGAAGACACCGCCAGUCUGAAGAACAUGAACCUGCUGACAGAACAAUUGUUAGACGUCAGCUUGGACGCGAAUUUCGGCGAGAACUGCAACGCAAAUGAACCGCCAACGACUCACGAAAAUGGCACUGAUAUUCUUCAAGAAGGAACAUUUAGCCCCUUUAGCGGCAGCCUUGAGGACCUUGUUAAUACUUUCGAUGAGAAAAUCACAUCGUGCUUUCGCGAUUACGGCACUGACGUCGAAUCACUGGCUCCGGUGCAGGUGCGAACGCAGGAAGAGAUCAUGAACGAAUGCCAGAUGUGGUGGACGAUCACUGGAACGUUCGGAAAUAUACUACCAAUCGAUUGGAGUAAAUCCUACGCGAGGAAAAUGCACAUGCCCGCUUUGAAUCUGAACGAAGCACCCGCUUCAACGGGAAGACCUGAACUAGAGGAUUUAAGUAGCGAAGACGAGGCGGUUGCGACAGAUUUGGAUAUGCAUGCUUUGAUCUUAUCCAGCAGUACCGACACUCAUAGUCCCGAAGAGCCACUGAAGACUGCCGAGGAAGUUCUUCGCGAGAUAGACGAUAUAAUGCAAGAAAGUCCGUCAUUGGAAAGAUCGCCGGAUUCAGACGGUUCUAUGUUGGAUAGUGAUGAGGCAUUAGAAAGAAGUAGAGAAGUACUUGGAUCACCACUUCACGAAAAGAAGUUAAAGCAACUUUCAUCUAGCCAACUAACUGAGCUUUUUGGAGAGAUGGAGUCCUUGGUCGCUGCCUUGAGCGAAACGCUGAUUGCCGAGCUAGCGCUUAGGGACGAAUUAGAAUACGAGAAAGAAUUAAAAAAUCAGUUUAUCUCUCUGCUGUUAGCUGUGCAAAAUCGACGCAGACAACAUCAUGUCACAAAGAAGAGAAAUCAAAUACAGAACGGAACUAGUCCAUUGCCACAGCAUAGGUCUUUGCAGGAGCCAAAGUACUUGACGACUGUCAUUCCAUAUCAUACAGACAGUGGUCCGCCAGACAAUCAAGCUUUACAAGUACUUAUCAAAAUACUAAAAGCUAUCAGCGAAGAUAGUCCGACUGUGCCCACUUUGUUAACAGAUUAUAUACUCAAAGUGUUGUGUCCGACUUAAGGAGAAAACAAAAGCCGAAACGAGUCUCAGCAGAAAAUAUGUGCUCUCUUCUUCUUGCCAGUACGCUUUCAGCCGUCGUUGUGCUCAUGGUAUAAAUAUAGAAGAUAAUUUCAUCGCAUAUGAUCAACGUCAAUACUAACUAGAUUCUUGUCAUAUUUGUUUGGCGAUAGUGUGUGAACGUUAUGAAUCAUAAAAGAUAAUGAAUAUGCUUCUUGUAUGUACUAUAACUUUAUAUGUGUACAAAACGAGAGGCAAUGUUGCACUUUGAUUCUGAUUGCGAUUCGCACGUGUCAAAAUGUUAUGAUACUGCGGGCAAUGUCUGCGGCACUGGCGACAAGUACAAAAAGUUUGCGCCAAACAUAUUCAAAUAAGAGCAAGUACAUGAUAGAAAAAUAAAAGAACUUUCUAAUUUCAUAUUAUAUAUAUAUGCUGGCGAUAAGACCGAGAAUCAGAAGCUAGAAUUCCUACAGAUUGAUGAAGAACUAGGUGUCAAAUCCAAACUCGAAAAACAAACAUUUAAACGCUAGUCGUUGUGUCAAAAAUGGCAAGCAUUUCAUUGGUUGCUUACUGCGCACAUCCGAAAAAUGAAACUACCUUCUAUGCUUAUACCAUGGUUGUGCUGCAUGUUAUUACGUUAAGAUGAAUAGAUUAUAAACGGUUGGGAAGUAACAAGUUACUUGUAACGCUGUUACUGUUAUAGUUAUUUCUUUUUUCAGUAACUUUAACGAGUUACUUUUCAAAAUUUGUAACGAGUAACAGUAACGAGUUACUUUUAUAAAAAAGUAACUUUCUUAACCUCCUGCUUAUAAAGUUGUAUUUCAGUCACAAUUACUGUAUUGAAGCUGUAGAAGUAUAUAAGGUCUCUGAUAUUCUAUAUCUAGUCUUAUACAUUACGAUGUGUAUAAUUACUUGCUUAAGAUAUUAUAAGUAUGGUUUUAAUAACUCGCAUGUGACUUUUGUGUAUUACUGACUUGCAUAAAUUCAUCAUACUUACGAUUUUCAUAUAUUUAUAUUGUAUCAUGAUUCAUAUCACUUCAGUUUUGUAUUUCGUUUUCUUGUACAUAAGAAUCUCACUACAUAAGAAAGCUUUGUUACGCAGAUUCAUUGCAAAGGCAGCACAAAGCUUCAAAUCUAGGACUUUGAAAAACUGCUUAUAGAGAUUUAACGGUUUCUAUUCAAGAAAUUCAAAUGAGUGUAUAUUGCUGAAAAAAAAACGCUAAUAAUUUAGAAAUAUUUCACACACCGAUAUAGCACGAGUUAAAAAACGAGAAUAUUUGUAGUGUUAGUUAAAGAUCACUUGCUCUAUCGUAACGAUAACGUAAAUUGUCCUCACGCGCAAAAGCUCGAGAAUUUGUUAAAAUUAAAAAUAAAAUGAACUAUCCUGUA